ACUUAGCUUAGGGAUGGGAACUGCAUACCUAAGGUGUAGCAGGUAGCCAACGCCAAAACACAUAUCGGAAAGAGAAAUUACGGAGUCAUGGCUAUAAAUGUAAUGAACUCUUCUGCAGCUUGAGACUUGAAAAUGUUACGUCACUGAGGGAUGGAGGGACAAAGAAUAGAAAAGAGAGAGCACGUGUGUAACAGCAGCCCCGCUACAAGCAGCCCCGCGAAUCACCAAAAUAUACUGCCUACGGUCAAUUCAAUACCAAGGUACCUACCUAAACGAUAACACUGCUGGCAAAGGUCAACAUAGGCAGCGUUGCUUAACUGUAACACCGUAACAUUCACAGCAAAGACAAGGAGACGAUUCUAACAACACUCAACCCUCAUUUGUAAUUGUCACGAUUUCCUUGAUCCCUACACAUCUCCAGAGGCGGCCAUGUCUACCAGCGAGGGCCACGGUAGUACGAAGCGAGCGCGUUCCAACUCGCGAUCACGACCUACAACACCCCUUCGUCCCUCGUCGCGCUCCUCCUUUCGCGAAUCGGCCCAGAGAAGUGUUGACGGCCAUGAACCAUUCCCGCUGAACGCCUUUGAGCCUGCCUUUGCCGAAUUAUCAGAUGCUGUAGCCGACCUCGAGGCCAACAUGAUGCACUUUCAGCUAAUGCAUGAAAGCCUGGCUCGGUUCGGCGAGAGUUUUGCGAGUUUCCUGUACGGCCUAAAUAUGAACGCCUUUUGCGUCGACUUCCCCGAAGGGCCAAUUGCCGAGUCAUUCCGUAGGGCCCAACAACACGAGGAGCAGCCAGUCCGGUCUCGGAGCACAGAACGCGGUGAACUGGACGGCGAAACAACAUUUAUGACUACUGACAUGUCCUUCGUGGAAAACCCACCGACUGCCUCCAAACCGACCCCUAAGAAAUUCGCAGCUGCCGAUAACCGACAAUCGCGCGUACCCCCGCCAUCACGCGGCGGUACCCAGUCGAGAGGACGGAGUGCAUCGGGUCGAGGUCGGCCGAGUGGUCUUGUACGGCCUCGGGCUCGUGGACUCAGAUGAUGAAAGCCUUCCGAUUUUUCAAUCUAUCCUUUACCACCCUUAAGGCGAGUUGCAUUAUGUUGAGCUCCUCCAAGGUACGAUGUACACAACCGCAUCUCCCUUCCCUGUACAGCAGAGCGCAACAGCAUCAACGCAUGAUUAGUAUAGGUGGGCAGUACAUGAUGACGACAAGACCAAGUGAGAAUAUCUAUCAUAGAUAGGAUUCC